CCUGCCAACGCGAAAUCAAAACAUUCUAAUGUCACUUAUUGGGUGUAUCGACAGGAACUUUCCUGAUUAAACGUUCAGCACUGUUUGUUAAGCACGUGAUAUUUCCAUUAUGGUUCAUAAGAAGUCAACAUAUCGUUUAAUGUACAAGAAUUAUGGGGCAGAAGUAAGAAGAGAGGUUUGGCAGGAAAAUAACAGCCUUCGGUUACGACGUCGCGAAGAGGAAAUGUCACAUCACUCAAUUGAAGAAACGGAAUCAGAAUGUGAAUGUGAUGCUAGUGAUGAAGAAGAACCAAAGAUUGAGAAGGAUGCCAGAGGAGUAAGCUCUUCUGCUAUGAAAGGCAUACUGAGUAAAUCCAUAGGGCAGGAAAAUGGUCAGUCACAUGCAGAAGGGGCGACAAAGGGAGUUCCUCCCCAUGUGCCUCGACUCCACUUUUCACCGGAGCAUACACCUAGAAAUGUACAUCGACAGACAUCUGAGGAAACUGCUAAUGCUAAUGCUGCUACUACUACACUGCAUAGUCAUUACAACAACCAUGAUAGCAGUGAUGACUUAAAUGGAAAAGAAGAACACCAAGAUGUCACUCCUCAGUCAAGGAGAAAUGUUCAGAGUGGGAAGGAACAGUUGGGGGUCAUGCGAAUGGGGUCAAGGGAAUAUGACCUCCUCCCAGUUGCCCGAGAUGAAGAAGAUGUGAGGCCCAAAUCAGCCCCAUCAGCAAAAUCUGGAAUUUGUCGAAGUUCUAGGUACCCAUAUACUACACAGCUAACAAGGACAACAAGAAAGAACUUUCUUGAGCGCAACAAAAAUACAUAUGUUCCUUCUGGGACUGGAUGCAAAGUAAGGAGAAUAGGAGACAAAACAUCAUAUAACGUCCGUCUUAAUAAGGAUCAGGUACAGCAGACUGCUCUAAGGGCUUCUAGUUUACGAAACAGAGAGAUUGAAAAUUUAAUGAGGAAACAGCAGAAGUUGACCCUGGAUGAUUGGCGAGAGCAGAACAAUGUUGCAGAACCUGUAAACCAUUCUAGUGUUUUUGCAGAUGGUAGCAAAAAUAUCUUCAAGUCAAAGUCUAGGCCAAGAGAAAAUCUUAUUCAUGUCCCAAGUAGAGUUGAAGUUUUCUCAAAUUACUGUAAACAUUGUGGAGGAAGGAAGUAACGAUAGUACAGCAUAAGUGAUUUUACUCUUAGCAGUUUUUCAUUCAGGGUAAAUAGUAAAAGGUAUAUAUUGCUGUCAGAUUUUUGGCAUGUGUGACUACGUCAGCAAUAUUAUAUUUUUAGUAAAAGAGUAAGAUUGAACUAAGUUUGUGAAGAUCACAGAAUCAUAUCAAGUUAACUGAUCUCUUGCAAACUUGAUAAUGUAUCUCUGUAUAGAAACAUAUUGAGAUUAUCUUUGAUAUUAUAUAAUAUAAAAAUCGUAUUAUCGUAUCGUAUCCAACAAUGUUUAAUUCAUGUUAUACAUUUAUUUGGGUGUUUUUAGGAUGACUCAUAUGAUCUUUGGUAUUUUAUGAUAUAUGAAAUAUCAAAAGUGGUCCAUAUUUUGACAGCUAUUUUUAGUAUCAAUCCUUUUUGUAAAUAUUUAAGUAGAAACUCUUAAUGAACUUCAAAAAAUAAAACGAACAAAUAACAAACAGGCAUACAUAGAUUAACUAAUGAGCUACUCCUGAUACACUUUCCAAGGAAAUAUAAUUAAUGAAAAAUGCAUUUUAAAAUAUUUAGUAGAUCAUUGAUGUAGAUUGCAAUGAAACAGCUGGGUUAACGUGUUUAGCUAACUUACAAAUGAUUUAAUAGCAACAUUAAAAGAUGUUCCAACACAUACCAGUGCACAUCAGCCUUGAGUGCCUGAUAUCUAUCUCUUAUUUUUGUGUUAGGGUAUCCGACAUUUUCCUAUUCCAAAGUCUUUAGUGGGCACAAAUAUAUUAUAUGACCUUGGAACACUACAUAUGAACAUUAAGAUGCUCAAAAUGUAUACUUACUCAACUAUUAGUAUUUACAAGAGUGUUCUGUUACUGUCUGAAAUAUUUAACAUGUUGAAAUAUGUUCAGUAAUUGGAUGUCAGUUCUUGCCUAAAUUAUAUUUUAUCAUACAUCUGGCAGUGGGGAAGAUGUAAAACAAAAAAAGUUUGCUGAGCAUAAUAUUCUUUGUUUUUUUAUGUAAGAAGAGUGAUGAUAGAUAUUUCAAUUGUAUUUUUGUAUAUUUGUUUUUUUGUGCCAUUUUGGUGUUUCUGUUGAUGCCGUUGAUGUGUAGAAGAAGAACAGAAGUUUGUUAAUUGCUUUUAGAUUGUUUUAUUUUAAGUAUACUUAUUUGGAUUUUUAACCUGUUGGCACCUGGACCAUACACUGUCUAAUGUUGUUUUAUUUAUUUUAUUUACAUAAGAUGGCUUCACAAUCACGUAGGUUUUUGGCCUGUCAGAACUUAUGUUUAUUCCAGUCAUUGUAUUUUUGAGGGUAAAAAGAAAAGAAAUUGCUAUGGCUGUUGCCAUUAUUAAUGUUAAUAUUAUAAUUAUUAUUCUUUUGUUAUUAACAAUAGUAAAUGUAAUGAAUAUGAAACCUUUCUUUCUAGGUAUGCUUAGUAAUUAUAUCCUUGAUAAGUAAGCAUUUCUGGAGCUCUCUUUGUAAACUAAAUAUAUAAAACAAAACCACAGUGGACAGUUCAUAUAUACAUACACUCCUGGCAUUACCGGGUUAAAUGUCAAUCCAUGACAAUCUUUUUUGUCUUUCCAGAAAUUUUCAAGAUCUCUUUUGACCUGGUUUAGUCAUUGUAGAGUUUUUAUCAAUUAAAAAAAAUAAUUCAUUAUCAGUCUUUUUGAUAUAUGAUGUUUAAAUGUUUUAUGUCAGUGUCAUAUCUCUUUGUGAGGUAUUUGGCAUGUUUUUGUUGAAUUUAGAUUGGGAAAGUAACUUAGAGCUCGUGGAUUUAAGGGAACAAACAUAGAUAGAUGAUGUGAUGCCAGCGGAAUAUUCUCUCAAGGUUUGCAUUGGUUUUCUUUUCAGCCAUUCAUUUAGAAAUGGUUGAGUUGAAAGUAAACUUAAUGCAUUAUUUUCCAAUAAAGGGACAAUAGAAUAAACUGGUCUGUAUUUUACAUAGGCAGAACUUCUACUGUGCUAUAGUACACCUUGUCUCAUGUACUGACGAUGUGUUAUUUUUGUAAGAUGGUGUGCAGUAAUAAUUUUUAUAACUAGGCAGUUUGCUAAGAAAGGUGGUAUGCUAUAUAGAAAGCAAUGCUUAAUUUUCAACUUCUAUAUCUUUGGUUACUUUUUAUGGAGAAGGAACUUGGUUCACUUUCAAUUUCUUGAUUUUAUUCAUAAUUUUUGUACUUGAUUGUUACAUUUUUUUAAAAACUCAGUCAUGCUUCACUCUUGAUGGUUUAAUGCUAGUCAUUUAUGUAGAUUGCAGAAGUAUCCAGAGAGGAAUGUCAUAUAGAAUAAAAAUUUUAAUUGGUAGAAUAGGUUAUAUUGUGCAUGCUUUAUGUUUCCCAUCACAGGGUGGCCAGCCUCUCUAGAGCUCUGCCUACUCUUCCAGGAUGAUUCUCAAUUUUUUUUUUUUAUGGUUGAGCUGUUUGCAGAGUUGCUGGAUUUACUUCAGUGAUUCAUCCAAGAGUAGGCAUGAAAAUAUAACAUUUUGAUCCAGAAAUGUUUUUGAGUCUUGCCUUCCCUACAACUGGGGAAACACGUGUUAAUUUUGUAAGUCGCAAGUUAGUUAUUAUUUGCAUGUGAUAUCUAGCAGUUUAUUUUUUAUAUGCAAACAUUGAACAUUAGUUACCUUGCUUUGCUGUAACUAAACGAUACUGGUGGCCUUGCAGUAUUUGAUAUUAAUUUUUUUUGUUUGUGCUGCCAUUAGUACAUCAGCAAUGUGGAGUAGUACUGAAUGGAUGGUACUCCCAACAAGUGACAUAAAUUAUUUCUGAAUUUUUUAAUUAUGUACAACUUCUGAUUGUUCUUUAAGAGACCUUUGUUAUUUUGAUCUAUAUUUUUUCAGGAAAGAUAAAAUCCCCUGCAUCUGUUCAGCUUUUACUUACAUUGCCUUAUAAAGUUUUAAAGUAUUCUCUUGAAUAUAGACUAUUUAUUUUCAUAUAGAUGUUGACUUUCUGGUAUAAAUAUAUCAGAAUAAUAUUGAUCAGCCACUGUAAUGUAUCAGAAUCCUGUUGAUGUGUUAACAGCCAGUGUGCAGGGCUUAUGAGAUUAAUUUGCUGCUAAUGAUCAUAUUUGUCAAGAUAAUUUUAUUAAUCUGUUAAUUAUGACUUAAUGAAAUGUCAGUUUGAUCUAUCUAUAACAUAUUCUGUUGUGAAUACUAUUAUAUAUGUGUAAACUAGGCAUUUGGUUAUGAACUUCAGCUUUGUCUAAUGCUCAGUGCUUUUUGCUUCUGCAUUGGCCAGUUUCUCAUAGUUCAUACAGUUACUAUGUAAACAUUCCUAUAGGUUUAUAUGUAAAGGUACUUGUGCAUUGAUAUUCUAACUCUUGUUCAUUUCUUUUCCAUCACUCAGCAGUUCUUAGAUUCCACCUCACUCACUUAUUCACUCAUUUCACUCUCACUCUAUUUAUAUGCACAAGUAGACAUACAAGCAUACUCACUCACAGUUUCACUUUUACUAUCUAACACUCAUUCUUGCUCUCUAACUCUCUCUGUCUCAUAUUCACACACAUGCAAACACAUACGGACACACUGUCACUCUCACUCUCACUCUCACUCUUAAUCACUCACUCACUCACUCACUCACUCACUCACUCACUCACUC